GAGACCGGAGCAGGGAGAAGAGCCGACGACCCUCUGUCUUCUCUGAGAAAGAACCGGACGACAUCGACGUCACUGAAGCUCCCGGUGAACCGUUAGACGAGACGUUAGACGUUAGACGUUACCGACCGAACCCGCCGGUCGGUGUGUGUGAGAGUGUGACGCUGAAGAUGCCCACACGAGCUCACGUCUCUCAGCUGUUCUCAGAUCAUCGGUUCCUCUGAGACCGAGCUCAGUUGUUGCCUGCCAGCAGAUGUCUUGUUGCUUCCCUCAGAGGUCGGAGACCAGUUGGAGUCAGGAGGUGAGUCCUCGGCAGCAGCAGUAGUGAUGCGGACUCCGGUGACCGGCUGCAGGAUGAGCGUGGGUGCGCUCCUCAAUGGGCUGCUGGUCUCGGUGGUCGCAGCUUUGCUUUGGAAGUAUUCCAAGCUCAGUGAGCACGCCGCCCUGCUGGAGGAAGAGCUGCACAUGACGCAACAGUCCCAGGAGCUGUCGCAGGCCCGCAUCGAUUACCAUGUCGCCCUGCAGGCUCUCCAGGAACACGGCACGCACAUGAUCUGCACUGGCAAGAUGCACACCGACCGAAUCUGCCGCUUCAACUACCUCUGCUACUGCUCCGAGGCCGAGGAGUUUGUGUUUUUUCACUCCAAUUCCUCCGUCAUGUUGCCUAACCUGGGCUCCAGACGCUUCCAACCUGCCCUGCUGGACUUGUCGUCAGUAGAGGACCACAACACACAAUACUUCAACUUCUUAGAACUCCCAGCUGCUGCUUUGAAGUUCAUGCCCAAACCUGUGUUUGUACCAGACGUGACACUGAUCCUGAACCGGUUCAAUCCUGAUAACCUCAUGCACGUAUUCCACGACGACCUACUCCCAGUCUUCUACACCAUGAAACAGUAUUCAGACUUUGAUGACGAAGCUCGCCUGGUGUUCAUGGAGGGCUGGGGCGAAGGGCCGCACUUUGACCUCUACCGACUUCUCAGCAGCAAGCAACCACUGCUCAAAGAACAGCUCAGAAACUUUGGCAAGCUAAUGUGUUUUACCAAGUCUUACGUUGGCCUGUCCAAGAUGACCACCUGGUACCAGUAUGGGUUUGUUCAGCCGCAGGGUCCUAAAGCCAACAUUUUGGUCUCGGGGAACGAGAUCCGGCAGUUUGCUCGGGCUCUGAUGGAGAGAAUGAACAUCACCAGAGCAGAGGACAGCGAGAGAGAUGAAGGUAGUGUGGAAGAUGAGAAGGAGAAAGGAAAGAAGGACGAUUAUAUUGUCGUGUUCAGUCGUUCAACAACGAGGCUGAUACUCAACGAAGCAGAAUUGAUAAUGGCGCUGGCCCAGGAGUUCCAGAUGAGGGUGGUCACGGUGUCCUUGGAGGAACAGUCUUUUCCCAGUAUCGUCCAGGUGAUCAGCGGCGCCUCCAUGUUAGUCAGCAUGCACGGAGCUCAGCUCAUCACCUCCCUCUUCCUCCCAAGAGGAGCUGCUGUGGUGGAACUGUUUCCCUUUGCUGUGAACCCAGAGCAAUACACACCAUAUAAAACCCUCACCUCCCUUCCAGGCAUGGACCUUUAUUAUAUGACCUGGAGAAACACAAAGGAAGAAAACACCGUCACCCACCCGGACAGACCCUGGGAACAAGGAGGCAUCGCUCACCUGGAGAAGGAGGAGCAGGAGCGAAUAUUGGCCAGUAAGGACGUCCCCAGACACCUGUGUUGCCGCAACCCAGAGUGGCUCUUCCGGAUCUACCAGGACACUUUGGUGGACAUCCCUACCUUCCUGGAAGUCCUCAAAGAGGGUAGGAAGACCAGGCCCAGCUUGAGGAAGACCAAGCCCGCCAGCACAGUCCACCCGGGCCGAGUCAGAGAACCCCAGUGUCAGACCUCGGUACAAACCACCAACGAGGCUAAACUCACCGUAUCCUGGCAGAUCCCGUGGAACCUGAAAUACCUGAAGGUGAGAGAGGUGAAGUACGAGGUGUGGAUCCAGGAGCAAGGGGAGAACACCUACAUGCCUUACAUCCUCCCUCAGCAGAACUACACUUUCUCAGAGAACAUCAAGCCCUUCACCACCUACCUGGUGUGGGUCAGGUGCAUCUUCAACAAGAACCUCCUGGGCCCAUUUGCAGAUGUUCUCAUGUGUCGGACCUAGAACAAACCCUUGUCAGUAAUGGUUGUUCCAGACAGUCAAUGGUUUGUUCUUACGAUCGUUGCAGAGGCUGUUGAACUAAACAGAGUCGUUCCAUAGUGACUCAUGAAUGAACAACACAACGAUUUGAACCACAUGGUCAGAACUCAUAGUGGAUAUGGAAAAAAUAUUUCAUGUAUCUAUGAAAGAAAGUGCUAAACUAUGUCUCUACUGACAAAACCAGAGUUCAGAUUUAUUUAUGUGCAAAGUAGGUUUUUUUUGUAUUAGUCAAAACACGUGGUCUUCACCUUCUACAGGAUGUGUGUGUGUGUGUGUGUGUGUGUGUGUGUGUGUGUGUGUGUGUGUGUGUGUGUGUGUGUGUGUGUGUGUGUGUGUGUGUGUGUGUGUGUGUGUGUGUGUGUGUGUGUGUGUGUGUGUGUGUGUGUGUGUGAACAGUAUUAUUUAUGAGCCGAGACCAAAGCCUCAUCAUUCUUUCUUUAUAACAGUUUUGUUAUGAUCUCUCAUAUAUACAGUUGGAAACUUUGUCUCUUAAACUGAUGUGAAUUUUUUUUUCGAGACAAAUUUAUCAAUGUUUUGACCCUGAAGGCAGAGUUGUGAAGUAUUUUGACUAUUUUGUGAUGAAAGAUACAUAAAUCUUAGUUACAUGUUUAUACAUUUGUGACUGACACUUCUAACCAGUGCAACAGAUCUAAUGUUGUGUCAAAUUAAUCUAUUGUGCAAAGCUAUAAUUAUCUGAAGCCUCUUCCCUGUAAUUUAAUUAGGAGCGGUUUUUCUGUUCUUAACUUUCCUGAAGUUGACGUGUUUCAUCCAGAAGGAAAAAUUUAAUUCAACUUUUACACACGUGAAUCGAGGUGUUAGCAUGUGGUUGUAGAAAUGUAGCAAGAGAGAAUCUAUGAACAAAUACUAUGCCAACAGAAUAUUGUGCCAUUAUCAGUAUUGUGUCUUUUUUUUGUCCUGUCCUUUAAACAUCACAAUACCUCAGUGUAAUUUUUUGUAAUUUUGCCACAUAUCCUGUUUUCA